CUCUCAGGCUGACCAGGCUGACAUCAUUGAGCUGUUGCUCGCCCCUUCACAGGGCGCUGGCAUGCUGCACACCGCGGAAGAUGAGCGAGGCGAGACGGUCAACAUCAAGCUUCUAUCGGCCGAGGUCCACCUGGAUGAAGAGGACAAAACGAGAAUGGAAACCGCUGGAGGACAGAAGCUGCACAGAUCUGCCAUGGCUUCUGUUAUUCACAUUGUUCUGUUUAGGAAUGUGCGGAAUCUGUGGGUUUACCAUCGUGACUGGAGGGGCGGCGCGGCUGGUCUUUGGAUAUGACAGCUACGGUAACACAUGCGGUCAGCGCAACAAGGCCAUCGAAGGUGUCCGGCUGAGCGGUCUCGAUCACACCGACAGAAAAUAUGUCUUUUUCCUGGAUCCAUGCAACAUAGACAUCAUCCAGAGGAAGAUUAAGUCCAUGGCGCUGUGCGUGUCACAAUGUCCCACAGAGAAACUGUCGACUUACUACGACCUCAAGAGGUUUGCCAUGAUGAAUGGGUCUGAGCUUUGUUCAUACGAGUUACCUGGUCAUAAGUACCCACAACUUCUAGAGCGUUUCGACAAGUGUCCCAAACUUCCAGUACCAGAGAGCAAAGCUCUUCCAGUAUUUAACCGCUGCACGCCGGUGGAUAUCUCCUGCUAUGCUAAGUUUGCUGAAGCAGUUGUUACGUUUGUCAGUGAUAACAGCAUGUUAAACAGACUGAUCGCCGGGGUGGCGGCCAGCAAAGAGAUCAUUGUCGGACUUUGUCUGCUGGCUCUAGUUCUGUCCAUGAUCCUCAUGGUGGUAAUCCGUUACAUCUCUGCUGUCCUGGUUUGGAUCCUCACUGCACUUUUGGUUCUGGGUUCUCUGGGAUGCACCAGCAUUCUGUGGUGGUUAUAUAUCGACUACAAAAUGAAAAUGAAUGAAACUGUAUCUAAGGAUUUGAAGGAAGCAGAAGAAGCCAGUGGUGACAUUAAGACCACGAAAGGCCAUGCUCAAAGCCUGCUUAUCUACGCCGUUUCAGCAACUGUGUUUACGGGAAUUUUGUUGCUUCUGAUGUUGUUCAUGAGGAAGAGAAUGGCCCUGACCAUUGCCCUGUUCCACGUGGCAGGAAAAGUGUUUAUUCAUCUACCGCUGCUGGCGCUGCAGCCCUUCUGUACCUUCCUUGCUCUUUCUUUAUUCUGGGUCUACUGGAUCCUGGUCCUACUCUUCCUUGGCACCUCUGGGAACCCGGAGAAGAAUGAGGACACAGGUUUGGUUGAGUUCAGACUCUCAGGCGCAUUGCAGUACAUGACCUGGUACCACGCAGUGGGUCUGAUCUGGAUCAGUGAGUUCAUCCUGGCCUGUCAGCAGAUGACUGUAGCCGGCGCUGUGGUAACCUACUAUUUCACAAGGGACAAAACCAAACUCCCAGUGAUGCCCAUCCUGUCAUCAGUGCUGCGGCUGGUGCGCUAUCACCUGGGUACUGUGGCCAAGGGCUCCUUCAUCAUCACCCUGGUCAAGAUCCCACGCCUCAUUCUCAUGUACAUCCACAACCAACUCAAAGGAAAGGAAAAUGUUUGUGCACGCUGCAUGCUGAAGACCUGUAUCUGCUGUCUGUGGUGUCUGGAGAAGUGCCUCAAUUAUUUGAAUCAGAAUGCGUAUGCGGCAACGGCCAUCAACAGCACCAGUUUCUGCACAUCGGCCCGUGAUGCCUUCAUGAUCCUGGUGGAAAACGCUCUGAGGGUGGCAACCAUCAACACCGUGGGAGAUUUUGUACUGUUCCUGGGCAAGAUCCUGAUUGUGACAAGUACAGCUUUUGUAGGGGUGUUGGCUCUGAAUUAUCAGAAAGAAUACACAGAGUGGGUGCUGCCACUCAUCAUCGUGUGUUUGUUUGCGUUCCUGGUGGCACACUGCUUCCUGUCCAUCUUCGAGAUCGUGGUGGACGUGCUCUUCCUCUGCUUUGCCAUCGACACCAAAUACAACAACGGCACACGUGGGAGAGAGUUCUACAUGGACAAGACCCUGAUGGAGUUUGUGGAGAACAGCCGGAGGUCAAUGGCGAUAGAGGAGCGGGGGCGCAGCAAGCGUGCCCGUCCCAAGGAAGAGGUAGAGUUGACGGAGGUUAAGGCCAUGGUGAGUGGAGAUGUGGGCGUGGCAGGGACAGAGUGGCAGAUGUUACAGGAGUUUCACCUGUAUUAUCUGCUGCUGUGUGUGCUGGUGGACUGGGCCCUGUCAGAGCACACGCUGGUGCUGUGCCUCACCCAAGACAUGAUCAUCUUCCUGUCGGUCUGCCUGCCCACCUCCACCCUCUUCUUCCUGGGCACUCUGCUCCAGAACAUGCCCGUCGCUGCUGCAUGCUGACUAAUGCUUCCUCAUCGCCUCCCUAUAUCCAUUCUUCCAUCCAUCCUUUCUUUCUUUGCACUAACAGAGCAUGAGCAUCUAUUUUUUUAUUUGUGGAUUAUUUUUUCAUUAUUAUUAUUUGUCCAUUCAUGCCUCUUUUUUACUGUCUUGAACUAAUUCGGCAGCUGUUAACUGUAUUUUUUUUAUAUCUGUGGCCUUAAAAUCACCAUUUUGCUCUUUGGAGGAAAUAAUUGUCUACCAGUCUGGAUAAACAACAGGAUCAGAGAAAGGAAAAGGUAAUGAUAAAACAAUCUUUCACUGUAACAUUGGGGUCAUAUUUUCACCUGUAUUUUAACAGGUGGGAUGGAUUCUCAGUUUUCUAAUGGCCAGCUUUCAGCUGUGAAAGUUAACGUUGAAGUCGACACUGAAAAUAGACACUCUUUGGAUUGUUGAACCAUUACAAAAACUUACUGGACUCACCGCUGGAAAGCAUGCACAUUAAACACCAGAAUUAAUAUUAUUGUGCAGCUCUGGGAUACUGUGAUUAUCUUUCAGUCAGAACAGGCUCCCGGGACAAGCUCUGCUUGACCUAAAUCAGCCCAUGGGACUUUUUAAAGACAUUCCAAAAUGUUUAUUUUUACCAAUGUGUAACAUGUUUACUAUGGUUUCACUCCAGGGAAUACAAUAUUUUAAUAAGAAACUGUAAAAAACAAAAUGAGAUAACAAUGUAAUGAAGCACUUUAUAUUGGAGCGCUGCAUAUUUUAAAAGCCUGAUGCAUUUUUCGUAGUGAUGUCCUUUUUAUAAGACUAAAAAAAAAAAACAGUUGCCAUCUAGUGAAACAGUAUUAAUAAUGUCUAGAAUCACUGUUUUUAUUAUGUAAAGUUUUCAUAACAAACCUUUUUUUAAUAGGUUUUCUUUGUGUAAAUGAAAAAAAAAAAAAACACAUCAUACUGCGUUGCAGCACUUUUUUUUCUUUUAUCCUAAAUACUGAAGCAUCUAUGCUUUUUAUUUCUUACUUUUUAUGCUCAGCCGUGUUAUUUUACAAAAUAAUUUUACCAUGCUUAAAAACUACAAUCCACGGUUACUGUAUGAAUGGGUAUGAAUGGCAAUAUACGUUUAAAAAUGUCUUUGCAUUAUACACCAAAAUAUCAAACCAUUGGCAUUUAUUCGACAAUAAAUAUGACACAAAUACACUUUGUAAGAAAAUCAUUGACAAAAAGACAUUUGUUAGGUUUCAAAUGAUAAAAUGAUAGAUGUUUAAAAUUAAGACUAAAAGCACCCCAGAUAGCACGCACACAUCAACCAGAUUUUUUUUAGAUUGUUUGCUUAUCUGCACUACAUCUAAGACGUUUCCUCUCAGAUUUCACCAAGACAUUCAGCAGAUGUCUUUUAGACGUUUAUGAUUUUGAAUAUUUGUAAAUCUGAUCUUUUGAAGACGUUUAGCAGAUGUUAAUUAGAUUGUCAUGCUUUCGCUAUUAAACAGACAUCUCGGAGGUGUACAGUUGAAGUUUACAUACACUUAGGUUGAAGUCAUUAAAACUAAUUUUUUUAACCUCUCCACAUAUUUCUUAAUAGCAAACUAUAGUUUUGGCAAGUCGUUUAGGACAUCUGCUUUAUACAUAACACGAGUAAUUUUUCCAACAAUUGUUUACAGACAGACUUUUCACUUUUAAUUGACUAUAUCACAAUUCCAGUGGGUCAGAAGUUUACAUACACUAAGUUAACUGUGCCUUUAAGCAGCUUGGAAAAUUCCAGAAAAUGAUGUCAAGCCUUUAGGCAAUUAGCCAAUUCGUUUUUGAUAGGCUAAUUGGAAUCAAUUGGAGGUGUACCUGUGGAUGUAUUUUAAGGCCUACCUUCAAACUCAGUGCCUCUUUGCUUGACAUCAUGGGAAAUUCAAAAGAAAUCAGCCAAGACCUCAGGAAAAAAGUCUGGUUCGUCCUAGGGAGCAAUUUCCAAAUGCCUGAAGAUACCACGUUCAUCUGUACAAACAAUAGUAUGCAAGUAUAAACACCAUGGGACCAUGCAGCCAUCAUAACGCUCAGGAAGGAGACGCAUUCUGUCUCCUAGAGAUGAACGUAAUUUGGUACGAAAAGUGCAAAUCAAUCCCAGAACAACAGCAAAGGACCUUGUGAAGAUGCUGGAGGAAACAGGUAGACAAGUAUCUAUAUCCACAGUAAAACAAGUCCUAUAUCGACACAACCUGAAAGGCUGCUCGGCAAGGAAGAAGCCACUGCUCCAGAACCACCAUAAAAAAGCCAGACUACAGUUUGCAAGUGCACAUGGGGACAAAGAUCUUACUUUUUGGAGAAAUGUCCUCUGGUAUAAUAAAACAAAUAUUUAAUUGGCCAUAAUGACCAUCAUUAUAUUUGGAGGAAAAAGUGUGAGGCUUGCGAGCCAAGAACACCAUCCCAACUGUGAAGCAUGGGGGUGGCAGCAUCAAGUUGUGGGGGUGCUUUUUUGCAGGAGGUACUGGUGCACUUCACAAAAUAGAUGGCAUCAUGAGGAAGGAAAAUUAUGUGGCUAUAUUGAAGCAACAUCUUAAGACAUCAGCCAGGAAGUUAAAGCUCGGUCACAAUGUGUCUUCCAAAUGGACAGUGACAGCAAGCAUACCUCCAAAGUUGUGGCAAAAUGGUUAAAGGACAACAAAGUCAAGGUAUUGGAGUGGCCAUCACAAAGCCCUGACCUCAAUCCGAUAGAAAAUUUGUGGGCAGAACUGAAAAAACGUGUGCGAGCAAGGAGGCCUACAAACCUGACUCCGUUACACCAGUUCUGUCUGGAGGAAUGGGCCAAAAUUCCAGCAACGUAUUGUGAGAAGCUUGUGGAAGGCAACCCAAAACGUAGGGCACUGUAGGUUACUCUAAAUGACAGCAUGUCUCGUUUAUAUUUUCAGAUAAUAGAGUACAAUGAACAAGUCUGGAAAUGUGUGCAUUUAUAUGUCCAGUACAUGAAUUAAAGUGAUAAUUAAUUAAAUCUCUAACCUCUAUACUAUAUCUGUGGUCUGUGAAAUUAUCACAUAUUAUCUAGUUAGUGAAGAAGAAGGAGUGAUUAAUUGCUUAAGCUUUGAAUCGGCAGACAUUUCCUGCAUAUUGAUACUAUGGAAUGUAAUGUUAUAAAUAACAUAAAUAUUCAUUGACUGAAGGAUCAGUAAAAAAGAAUGUGGGUGCUAUAAUUUUAUUCCUUGAUAUUUAUAGAUAUGCUCAUUAAAUUCAUAUCAUGAAAUAAAAUUAUUUAUUAGAAAGUCUAAAUAUAAAUGUAUAAAGCCCUUUCUAUACAGUGAAGCGUGUGGAGGACUUUCAAAAUAUUACAGUAUUAAAAACUUGUUAUUAAAAGAUAAAGCACAAUGUACACAAUUUGUUCACUUUUGAAUGCCUUAAGUGUGUGAGACUGGAAAUGCUGGUGAGAAGAAGAUUUGUGAGGUAAAGAUUGCAUUUUACCAUAAUAAUGCUUUAAAAGCAUAAUCAUGUGCAUAAUCUGAGUUUCCAGGGCCACUGUGUUGCUAUCAAAAGGGCACGCAUGCGCGGACAGCCUCUGAAACUUACUGACAUUUACCUGAAAUAAAUGUCUCUGGAACAUAACAUACUCUGGAGCAGCUUAUGUUCAGAGAGUAAGUUGCUAUGGCUACUAACCCUGAAAGUUACGUUUUUGGAAACGAAAGUUGAGGUUAUUCACUUACUCGGAGUAAACUCACCCGGGUAAGUCGCUUAACCUGCUUUCUGGAAUACCCCUUAGCUGAACCCCAUCAUGAAUGCAGUUUUAUAGAUUUGGGGAUUUAGUAACUAAUGGGGCAAAUACUUUUUCAUGCAGGCCCAGUUGGUAUUGGAUAACUUCUUUGCUUCCAAAAAUAACGUUAUAAUUUAAAAACUGUAUUUUGUGUUUACUCUAAUUGCCUUUGUUUUAUGUGUGAGAUAAACACAAAAACAGAAGAAAUCAGGAUGGGGCAAAUAAUUUUUCACAGCACUGUACAUAGUAAGCAUUUUUUUUUUUUUUUCCAGUAUUACAUAUCUUAUAAUACUGUAGCAUUUUAUUUUUUCCCUGAAGUCCACUGAUAAUGUUAGUCAAGGGUUCAUGCACCGAAAACAGUUGUGAUUUUCAUUUACAUAACCAUUUUCCAUCCUUUCAGUGUUAGGUAAGAAAAAAAAUAAUCCACUUCAAAUUACUUGAUUACAUUGUAAAUUGUAAAGUUGUAAUCAGAUUACUAUAUUGCUAAUUACUUUACUUGUAAACUACUUUCUAAAACAUUUUUCCACUCCACAAAUUCAAAAUAAAGUCUAUAUCUCCUCCUCGUUCAUUGUUGCACACAAGUCACCCACUUAGCACCACACAUUUCUCUCUUACAAUGAUUUGUUAGGGGGCACAUGCCAUUCAAAUAUCACAGAAGUGCAAAUAGACAUUUAUAUGAACAGAAUUCAUGUCAUAUUAAAAUGUGUAACCUUAGUACUAUUAUGAAAAAUAAUUACAUUAAAUGAGUCAGUAACUGUAAUCUGAUUACUUGAAUGUAAAAUAUAAUGUGUAAUGAUUACUUUUUAAUUCAAAAAGUAGCGUAUUACAGUAAUUAUUUUGUAAUCAGAUUGCACCCAUUAAACAGGCUGUUUUUGCUACUGUACCUUUAAGACAUAUUUAUGUAAAUAACCUACUGAUUGGCUAACCUCUUUGCUUCUAAAUUAUUUUAAAGGUGCUAUAUGUAAUAUUUUUUACUGUACUAAAUCAUAAAAUGACCAUAAUAUGUCACUAGAGAAUUAGGAAACAUGCUAAGUUGAAAUAUAUAUUCUACAAAUAUAUAUAAAUAUAUUCUACUUUGAAAUUUGCAUUCCGGGCCGGAAUUUCCGUUUAUGUUUUGGCCUGUGUGAUCCCGCCCACUGCCACUCACCAAUAGUAUUUCGACACCGCCAGGGUUGCCAGAUUUGAACAAGUUUGCAGGCAAACAACACUGCGUGCUGCAGCCAUGGAAGCCAGCAAACGAACUGGAUCAGAGAUAACAGAUUCCACCUGACCUAAAAAGCCUCGCCAUCCGUCUAAAAAACCACCAUGACCAGAGGCGUUGUAAAACAAGGAUAUAUAUUGGAGACAUUUUCAGUUUCGCUCGCUCCUGUUGCGUGUCCUCAUUCCGGAAACCUGCAUGAGCUUCGAGUCUGGGGCGGGGCAGACAACUCUCCAAUAUUUUGAAUUUGGACUGCAGUACCCAUUUCAAACACUUGUUGUCAAUCUUACAUAUAGCACCUUUAAAUGAGUGAAUAACAAUAAUUUUAUUCUGUUCAUCACACAAGGUAAUCGGAAGGCUUCAGAAGACUUGUAAAAUAGUGCACUAGUCAUAUCAAUUAAAAAAAAGUUUUUUUUAAAUUUUUCUCAAAAGAAUGAAGACACUAUUCACUUGUAAUAUAUGGCAAAUUAACAAGUUGAUCAUUAAUAAGACUUUUAAAAAAAUUCACCUUUUGUGUUCCAUGGAAGAAAGCAAGUCAUACUGGUUUGGAGCAACAUUAGGGCAAGUGGAACAUUUUUUUUUUUUUUUUUUUUUGUGAACUAUCCCUUUAAGUCAAUUGUGGUUAUUCGC